AUGUCCGGAAAGUCUGCCUCAGAUACUGGCCCCGGAACCAUAGGAGGCUCCGGAGAGCCUAAAGCAGAUCCAACUCCAGCAAGCCUACAAGAAGCGAAUGAUACGGCCCUCAAGAUUAUCGCCGCUAUGUAUUGGGAUCUCAACGCCAUAUGGCACCUGCAACGAAUUGUCGCUGACCAACCAUAUGGUGACGACCUAGAACUUUACAAUGAGCACUGCGAAGCUGCCCAAACCCUCUUAGACCUUGCGAUGAGCUACCGGCAUCGGUCAGUCUUUCAGUUACCAGAAACUUGUCCAAACUACCGUAGGUGUCGCUCUUUCCUUUUUGAGCAUGGAUGGCGAUUAUUUGCCAUGUGUGCGCAAGCUGAAGCCUUCCGAGAAGCUUAUUACCUGGAAGAGACUCAGGUUUGGGAUGCGCUCAGAAAGUUGAUCACUGCUAACCAGCGUAGCAUCGAGGUUUUUGUUAAGUCCCGGAACAUUGACUGGCGAGGCCCACUUCUUUCCUACACGCAAUGGUAUCUCCCGGGUCUUAUGCAGUUCCUGGGACCAGAUAUUGACAUAGGCAAGGAGCAUCCUCACCACCUAGCGCAAAUGGGUGGAGAACUUCUCAAGCGCCCCAUACACAACGGCCAUGCACAGACCAAUAUAAACACGCAGCUAUAUGAUCCGACAAAAUGGGUACCUGCCGUCAGGCGAGACCAAAGCCACCCGUUCUCUCGCCCAGAAAAUGACGGCCCCUGCAUAGACUGCAUAUGCAGAAAAAAAUGUCCAUGUCACGCCAUGGGUGGGAGAGCCGAUUGUCCGGACUGUACGUGCCCAAAGGUCUGCCAGUGUAAGUACCCUCACUGGCUUGAGUGCUUCGUUUGCGGCUCGAAGGAGAUCUGUCAGUGUCGUAUCAAGACCAUGGCUGGUGAUUUGGUUGAGUUGGUGGAGUACCCUUUCAAAGGAACCGGCGUCCGGGCCCUGGCCAACUUCAAAAAAGGGGCCAACUUGGGUGAGUACUUGGGUGAGGUUAUUCCCCAUGGGGGGGAUUGUACCGAUUCAGUCUAUCCGCUGUGGCAGAUAGGCUUCCACAGGAGAGCAGAUGAAGACCAUGCCGCAACAAACGUGCGGAAAAAGGGUGUAGCUCGAAAGGUAUUAGAUAUUGGCACGAUCACGUCUGCUUGCCUUGGAAGUUGGACCAGGUAUAUAAACCACCACUGCGAGUCAAACUGUGCCUUCGUGCCAAUGGUGGUUGGUGACAAGGUCACGACUGCUGUCGUCGUACUUCGAGACAUAGCGAUCUUUGAGGAGAUCACUGUCGAUUACGGCGAAGAGUACUGGUGUGAUAGAGAGCUAUGCUCGAGGGCCAUCAACUGCAAGUCAAUCCUCUCUUCAAGAAUAGGAAACAAAGACCGGGCCUCAGCUAACUAUCUUGUCGUGCAGCCGCCCUUGCUGGAGUCAACCGUCGGCGAACAUUUUGCGAAGGUCGUGGCAGAACAUGGAGAUAGAACCGCUGUCGUCUCAAAACAUCAAGGUGAUCGAGUAUCGUAUGCCUCACUCGAUGUUAGGAGCAACGCCUUUGCCCGUGGGUUACAGUCUAUCGGGGUUAAAAAGGGAGAUCGUGUCGGCGUCAUGCUAGGGAACUCGAUGGAAUAUGCGGUGGCAACCUAUGCUCUUUUUAAAGUCGGAGCUAUAUUGGUCCCGCUCAAUCCCUCUUUCAAUGCCGCACAGGUAAUAGCUGCACUGGGCCACCUUGAAUCUAGCCAUCUGAUCAUCAGCACCGAAUCCAACCUUCCUCGCAAGGACCCCCGCAGCAAUGUCCCGCUCCUUGAACAGUUGGUCGGAGACCUCUGCUCGUCAAGACUGGAAUCAGCAUCGGUUCCCUCGCUGAAACGGAUUAUCCUUGUCGAUAACUCUGCUGGCCGAGUGGAUGCAUCUACGUAUAAGAGUCUAACGCCGUUUUCAUCGAUAUUGUCCCAGUUAUCGGCCGAUGGUCUCCCAUUGCCUCCACAAAGUCUCUCUCCGCAUGAUAUUGUUAACAUCCAAUUCACUUCCGGGACUACGGCCAUGCCAAAGGCAGCUUGUCUAAGCCAUCGCUCCAUUCUGAACAAUGGAUCACAGAUUGGGGACCGCAUGCUCCUGACAGCAAAUGAUAUUGUCUGUUGCCCACCACCACUGUUUCAUUGCUUCGGUUCGAUUCUUGGAUACAUGGCAACUGCAACUCAUGGCUCCACCAUUGUCUUCCCAUCUGAAUCCUUCAAUGCUUGUGCUGCGCUCAAGGCAGUGCAAGAAGAGAAAUGUACCGCACUAUACGGCGUUCCAACCAUGUUUCUUGAGGAACUUGAGCUUGUGGAAAGUGGGGAAAUCUCCAGCGAUGGUUUUCAAUAUUUGCGAACGGGUAUCGCAGCUGGCAGCAGUAUCCCCGCGGAGCUGAUGAAGAAGCUCCAUAGGGUUCUGAAUCUCACAGAGCUUACUAUAUGCUAUGGAAUGACUGAGACCAGCCCUGUCUCUGCGAUGACAACUACUGAUGAUCCAAUUGACAAGAGAAUUAAUACUGUCGGAAGACUUAUGCCACAUGUACGGGCUAAAGUCGUAGACCCGGGAGACAGAACCCGUAUCCUUCCUGUGAAUUCGCGCGGUGAGUUGGCAGUCAGCGGAUAUCUUCUCAUGAAGGAGUAUUGGGGUGAUCCGCAGAAGACAGCCGAAGUGAUAAUCGAAGAUGAUGCUGGGAAGGCUUGGAUGCACACUGGGGAUGAAGCAUUCAUAUCUCCGGACGGCUAUGUAACUAUCACUGGUCGUAUUAAAGACCUGAUCAUUCGUGGCGGCGAGAAUAUCCAUCCAUUGGAAAUCGAGAAUUGUCUCUUAGCACACUCUGGUGUCUCUGAUGCUUCUGUUGUCGGAGUUCCAGAUGGGCGUUAUGGCGAGGUCGUCGCUGCUUUUGUGGUCGCCCGGGAGCAGGGAUCUGAGUGUAUUACGACCGAUGAUAUCCAGAAAUGGUACGUUUUCUUCCUUAAAGCAACGAAUGCUUUUCCAAAGACUGCAAGUGGGAAAAUCCAGAAGUUCAAACUCAAGGAGCUCGCAAUCAAACUUUUAGCAGAAAAGAAAGGAGUCGCUGCAGAUAGCUAA